AAAGAGGAGCACAUACCAGCGUGGACCAAAGACAAGUGAAAGUUUCUCAUGAGCUGAGAUCAUUACGGAGCGGAUGGAAGGACAGGAAAGAAAACAUCAAUUCAACGCCAUGCCCGAUAAGCGCUUCGAUGAAUAAACAAUCGCGAAAGUCCUAAACUAUUACGCGCAGAUCGACGCCGGCGUUCGUGAAUGUGUGACAGUCGGGUUCGCGUGCGUUGAGCCCGCCGGGACUCGAAGCUUUGGGUCGGGUUCUAGUUUUGUCACAUUUAGGGAUCCACCGGCCACUGAAGGUCAGAGACUUGAAGCCGAGAAGCAGAGGCGUCGCCACUCAGUCGACAUUCAGCAGUCAUUCAGCAGUCAUUCAGCAGUCAUGGCCGGGGCGAAACCGGGAGUGCACGCGCUACAACUCAAACCGGUGUCAGUCCAUGAGGUGCUUAAAAAGGGGAGCAAGUUUAUCAAAUGGGACGAGGAGCCCAACAGCACACCCAGCCUUGUCACCCUCAAGGUGGACCCAGAUGGAUUCUUCCUCUAUUGGUCUGGAGGGACCAACAUGGAAGUGGAAAUCAUGGACAUCAGCCAUAUCAGGGACACCAGGACAGGGAAAUUUGCCAAGAUGCCUAAGGACCAGCGUAUACGAGAUUAUUUGGGGUUCGGCAAAGGAGAAGGGAACGUGGAGUCCAAGCUUCUAACGGUCGUCUAUGGCAACGACCUGGUCAACAUCUCCUUCCUCAACUUCCAAGCUGUGCAGGAUGGCUAUGCCAAGGUAUGGACUGAUGAGGUGUUUAAACUUGCUACAAACAUACUGUCCCAGAAUUCUUCCCGCAACACCUUCUUAUUCAAAGCUUACACAAAGCUGAAAAUGCAGAUAAAUCAGGAUGGGAAAAUCCCUGUGAAGAAUAUCCUGAAAAUGUUCUCGGAUAAGAAGCGUGUGGAGAUGGCACUAGAACACUGUGGUCUCGUCAAUAACAAGGCUGAUGCUAUAAAGCCAGAUGACUUCACCUGGGACAGUUUUCAGAACUUCCUCAACAAGCUGAGUGCCAGACCAGAGGUGGAGCGCAUUUUUGUGGAGCUUGGCUCUAAAGGCAAGCCCUUCCUAUCUCUGGAUCAGUUGACGAACUUUAUAAACCUCAAACAGAGAGAUUCACGGCUAAACGAGGUACUUUACCCUCCACUCAAAAAAGAACAGGUUCGCCAACUCAUGGAGAAAUAUGAGACCAAUGCCAGCCAGCUUGAGAGAGAUCAGAUCUCCUUGAUGGGCUUCACAAAGUAUCUUGGUGGGGAAGAGAACUCUGUUGUUCCUCCUGAGAGGUUGGACAUCAUUGAUGACAUGACUCAACCCCUGUCGCACUAUUUCAUAAACUCUUCACACAACACCUACCUCACAGUGGGGCAGUUGACAGGUCUGUCGUCAGUAGAGAUGUAUCGGCAGGUGUUGCUGACAGGGUGCCGCUGUAUAGAGCUGGAUUGCUGGAAGGGCCGGCUACCUGAAGAAGAGCCUAUCAUCACGCACGGUUUCACCAUGACAACUGAGAUUCCAUUCAAGGAAGUGAUUGAGGCCAUUGCUGAAAGUGCAUUCAAGACAUCUCCCUAUCCCCUUAUCCUUUCCUUUGAGAAUCACGUAGACUCAGCAAAGCAGCAGGCUAAGAUGGCAGAGUACUGCCGCUCUAUGUUUGGGGAUGCGCUGCUCAUCGAACCCCUGGAGAAAUAUCCGCUAGUUCCUGGGCAACAACUGCCAAGCCCCCAGGAGCUUUUGGGGAAGAUCCUAAUCAAGAACAAGAAGAAACAUGAGCACAAGGCAUCUAACGGAGGGAGCAUCCGACGCAAAGAUGGCACAGAUGACCAGUCCUCGCCUUUGAAUGAUUGUCGUUUGUCUGAUGGGGAGAUGGGCCAGGUCAUAUCCAAUGGGGGUGACAAGUUUGCAGAGAGGAUGGCGAAAGACCUUGAUAUCCGCAAAUCUAUUGAUCGAGGAGAUGGAGAGAGUGAUGAAGAGGAGGAAGAAGAACCCAUUCCAGAUCCAAAGAAACACAACAACACUGAUGAGGGUACUGCGUACAGUGAGGUGAAUGCCACAGAGGAGAUGUCCACAUUAGUCAACUACAUUGAACCAGUCAAAUUAAAAUCCUUUGAGGUGGCAUCCAAGAGGAAUAAAUAUUUUGAGAUGUCUUCUUUUGUGGAGACCAAGGGCAUGGAUGCUUUAAAGAACUCUCCCAGCGAGUUUGUAGAAUAUAAUAAAAAGCAGUUGAGUCGUAUCUACCCCAAAGGGACUCGCGUUGACUCUAGUAACUACAUGCCACAACUCUUCUGGAACGUGGGCUGCCAGAUGGUGGCACUAAACUUCCAGACUCUUGACUUGCCGAUGCAGCUGAACAUGGGCGUGUUUGAAUAUAAUGGCCACUGUGGUUACCUGUUAAAGCCAGAGUUCAUGAGACGUACUGACAAACACUUUGAUCCCUUCACUAUGAACAUUGUGGAUGGCAUCGUAGCCAACACAGUCAAGAUCAAGAUCAUCUCGGGUCAGUUUUUGAAUGAUAAGAAGGUUGGCGUUUAUGUGGAGGUGGACAUGUUUGGGCUUCCUGCAGACACUAAAAGGAAAUGUCGAACGAAAACCUCGAACAAUAACUCUCUGGACCCAGUCUGGAAUGAAGAUUUCUUUGUGUUCAACAAGGUGGUGUUGCCAACCCUGGCAUCUCUGAGAAUAGCUGUCUAUGAGGAAAAUGGGAAGUUUAUUGGGCAUCGCAUCUUGCCAGUAUCUGCAUUUCGCCCAGGGUACCACUACAUCAGUCUGAAGAAUGAGCUGAAUCAGCCACUCAUGUUGUCCUCCCUGCUCGUGUACAAUGAGGUGCAGGACUACAUCCCCAAUGAGCACCAAGAGUAUGCUGAGGCUCUGACAAACCCCAUCAGAGAAAGGCAACUUUUAGCACUUAUGGAGGACCCCACAGAGGGUGGCCCUUCAAAACAAGAGGAAGGAGACAAGACUGACUCUAGCUGCAUGACCUCUGUUGACCUCUGCCCUAUGCCUUCUCCAACACUUCCUCCAGUAGUCAACGAGGUCAUGAGCACCCCUGCAUCAGGUCCUAAAGAAGAUCAAGUCAACAAUAUUCUUAAAGUAAUUGAACCUCAGUCUAUUGAAGAGCUUAAGCAGCACAAUUCCUACCUGAAGCUGUUAAAGAAGCAAUGCAAGGAACUCAAGGAGCUGCGGAAGAAACACCUCAAAAAGGUGUGGGCACUCAGUAAAGACCAAAAGACUCGUUAUAAUCAGCUAAACUCUGAUCUCCAGAGAAGACGGUGUCAGCUGGAGAAACGGGUGCACACCAGUCUCAAGAAAAAUGGAUCAGAAGAGCAUGCACAGAGGGAACUGGAUGAGCUUGAUCAGGAACUACAGAAACACAAAGAUAUGUUCAGACAAGAACAGAUGCAGGAACUUCUCAAUCUCAGACAGACACAACAUCAGACAGAGACAGAGACUAAACACUGCCACCUCAAAGAGGCCAAUCAGAAGCUAAGGGAAAUCGCCCAACAAUGCCAAGCAGCCCAGAUCAAGAAACUCAAGGAAGUGUGUGAAAAAGAGAAGAAAGAAUUGCAGAAGAAUCUGGAGAGGAAGAGGCUGAACAGCAUUAUCGAGGUCAAGAAAGCAGAAAAAGAAAAGUCAGAAACGGAGCUGAAUGAGAUCAAUAGAAAACAUAUCAAUGAGUCUGUCAAAUUAAUCCUUCAGCUGGAAGUGUCUCAGGGGAAACGUCAGGAGAAGUUGAAUGCCCUUCACAAGGACAUCCUACAGAAAAUGGAUGAGGAAGUUCCUCUGAAUCAGGCCCGUCUGACACAGGAUUGUGAGGCUGAGCUGAAACGCCUGCCAGUCGAGGUCUCUCAGUACCUGCAGGGGGAGCUAGAGAGCAAAGGCUCCUAUAAAGACACCCUCAUGGGUCCGGCCAAUAACGACAGCUCUGGCUCCGGCCCACCUUCCAACUGCAGCACGCCCCCUUACUCCUCCCCCAAUCACAUCUGGAACAACAUCAGCAAUAGCAACACCUCAUUGCUGGACUCCCCCAGUUCAAACACUCCUGUCAAGUCAGAGACGGAUACUACAGGAGUGUACAAGUGAUACUACAGUUUUUUUUGUUGUUGUUUUUUUCCUAUCAGUCUCUCCGAUUAAUUUAUUUCCUCAAUGGAUUCUAAGAGUAGAUAUAGUAUUACUAAGAUGUAUGCAUUUUUUGAGGAAUUUUUUUUUUUUAGCCUGCAUACACACUUCUCACUUUGUCUGUCUGAAUUCAGAUUUGACAUCUUUUUACUUUCUUUUUUAACCAAAGUCCUCUUUUAAUCCAGAAUUACAAUGGAUUUUUAUCUUAGCUUUACAAAUGUGGACUCUCUUACAUACUCUUGCCUGUACAUAGGACACCUGUGGAAAAUGGUGGGUGGGGUAUACCUUUUAUUAGGUUCUCUAUUUGUUUCUGAUGUAUAGUGUGCACUGUGCAGCUUUAUGUGUAGUACUGCGAGUUGUCCUGAAGGUGGAAGUAGCUAAUAGGUGAGUUCUGAGGCUGUGAUGCUAGACUAAUGCUUAAUCUGAAUGGUACAUGUAUACAUUAUGUUGCACAGAUUGACUGUUGUUUAGCCAAUUCCCAAUAACACGAUUUCAACAAUAAACCAAUUUCUUAUAAUGCAUCUCCUUAACAAGCAAAACUCUGAGAUGUUGCAUGUUCCUGAAGAGAGUGACUCACAUCUUGAUAUACUUCACUUGAACUCUCUCUCCCAGAUUAUGCUUUCUAAAAUCCUGUAAUCCCACUCUGCCUCCACUGUAUCUGUCUUUAUGUUGGUUGGUUUAAUCUGAUCUGAUCCAGACUCAGAAAUUCUGUGUUAUUGACAGUCAUCCCACAUGUGACACUCUCUCAAACCCAUUGAUAUCCAGGAAACAUAUCAGCCACUUUUUUUUAUUUCUUGUUCCGCCCCAUGUUUUUGCUGAUAAACCCCUUUGAAUGCACUCGCCGGGUUUGGGUGCAACUUUCAGAGAUCCUAGAACACAUACUGUGACUGAGAUACUACAAACCCGCUCUAGCUUUAUGAAGUCAGGUCUAAUAAGAGUCAUAACAUGUUGCAUAACAUACAGCCAUGCUGAGCAUAUGAGAGGGUUUUUUUUAUGCGAGAUUGAAGCAAGACUUUAAAAGCUUAGCUCCGAUCACCACAAUCGGGGGCUUUUAUAAUCCAUUAGAAUGGAUGAUGGUUGGAUUUUGCUUUCUCAUACUGUAAUCUGGUCUGCUGUCUCUCCAUUUCUUGUUUGGUUUAGUACAUUUGAAUAUGGUUUAAUACAGUUUUUCAUUUAUCUGCCUCCCAUGUCCCUUCUCACCUUUUCCCCACCUUUAUCUCUUAAAGGGAUAGUUCACCAAAAUAUGAAAAUUCUGACAGUUACUCAUAAUAAUAAAAUUAGGAAUAUAAGUAUGUGACUGAGGCAAAAAUUCUGCCUUACACCUUUUAAUGUGUUCCAAGGUAAAAAAUUUUGGGGUGAACUAUCUCUUUAAAACACAGGUACCCACUCUCAGGGCUUUGUGGCACAAAAUGAAAAGUAGGACUUAGACACACAUGUGUGUAAUACAGUGCUCUCUCUGCCAGCUGCACUCUUUUCCCUGACUUGCACACCAGAGCAACCCUCAUCUUGCUAUCCUGAUCCCGCGUGCAUCAAUUGCACUAUAAAGCCAGUGGAUGAGAGUUAACUUGGUGCUUUAUGAUCUUUAUCGAAGCACUUUGAGAAAUGCAAGCAUUUACGACUAUCAACCGAUACAUUUGCCGAGUGAUUGGCUGCAGUAUUAUCCUCUUAGACAAAUAUGCAACAUUAGACAUGACUUUUAUCUCCCUGAUUGGAUGAAAGUAGAAAGGACUUUCCCUAGAUGUAUAAUUAUACAUAAUUGCAAGAAACUUUGUGUGUGAUCAUAUCCCUGGCCGUGUGAACGGAUACUGCACAUUAGAGUUUAGAAGGCCAGAAGGUCACAAGCAAAAUGUCUGUAAUGAGAUGGAAAACACCAUCUUUCAAGGAGACAAGAGUUGAGGGUUUGUGUAUGAGUGUGAAUGUGAAAGUAAGUGAUUUAGCCCAUAUUCUUUAUAAUAUGUUUGCAUGUUAAGUCAAUAGCAUUAUAUACCCAUGGGGAUAAAUGGUACGUGCAUGUAAGCAUAUUCUCUCUGAUUUCAUUAUAUUUGGAGAGAGAUUACUGUUAUACAAAUAACCUAUAUCAAUCUACCAGGAAAUGUUAGUGUGUGUUUCAGUGUAAACCAUAUAACAUUUCUUAUGGAUCAUCAUAUAAUUCAUUAAUCUUUAGAGAUAAACGAUGUCUACUACUGACUAGAGGAGAAGGGUGAGGUCUGUCUUUGUUUGCUUGUAUAUCAGUUUGUAAAGGGGAACUUUAUUAGACAUUUACUAUCAAGUGUCACUAUUAAUCCUUUGGUCGGUCCUCUGCUGUCUAUCAUAUUAUUUGUUGGUUAAAUGAGGUGCAGAGGUGUUUUUAUAGAGAAACACCCCAAAACUUUAUGGCUGGUAAUUUUAAGAUGAUAUUUUUCUAAUUAAACACAGCAUUGCAUUAUUUCAUUGGCAUGAUUUGAGUGUGCCUAUGAAAUCUCAUUUUUGUAUUCUUAAUAAGAUGCUGAAGGAAGGAUGCUAUUUUUUUUCUUUUGUUUAAAAUCUAAAGUGAUGGUUUUGACCUUAAUCUGACAAAAGACAAAACCAUUUAAAACCCCAAUUUCUUAGUAUUCCUUCCUUGAAAACAUGGGACACAAUUUAGAUUGUUGCUCUGAUUUUUCUGAUAUUUAACACAAAGAAAUGUAAGUCAAUGUAUUUUUUAAUUCAGUUCUGCAUGGUUGGUAAAGUCUGAAGUUUUUCAAAGCAGACAUGCAAAUUCCAGUCUAUAAUCAGACAUCCUCAGGGGAGAUCAGGGCUGUGUGUAUAUUAAAUCUCACAGCACUUGAAUCAGCUUUUGACUCGUUUAUCCUAAUGAUAGUGAUCUUAUGAAGAGCAAGAUUGGUCUAUGGUACAUAUGGUGCCCAAAGUCAAUACCUAAUUUAGUGAUAAUGUGUAAUGCUUGUGUUUAAACCGAAACCUAUAAAACUUUACAUUUCUUACCCAAGGGCUAAAAAUGCUCUGCCUCAGUUACAACUUUAACCAAGUACAUAUCUCCUAGUUUCAUAGAUUAUUUAAUUCUCUCUCUGACUCUUUGCAUCUGUCUCUUUAGCACCUUCCUACUGAAACACUCUUGUUAACACUGUAUAUAGAUAAUGUACUGAUCUGCCUUGUUAAAGGGAAUGUUAUUACUCUGGAUGUAAUUUAUAUUGCCUCUAUAAAAAAUAUAGUUGUACAGUCAAUAAAUACAGAAC